ACGCCGGUACUGAGGGGCGGGGUCUGCGCUGAUUUGCUGCUCUGGUUUUCUUCAAGAUGUCGGAGUUGCAGUGGAGGCCGUGGAGCGACUCGUCGAUUAGAUAAUUUAGUUACAUAGUUAGGUUCCCAGUUGAAGACAACUGGCCAGCAUUUAUCGUUAUCUGACGUUCCUAUUGGAGGAUGAUCGGUGCCUAGUUCCAAUUAUAAGCUGAAUGCAUUGUGAUUUCCAAUAAUUGAGACAGUGAUUCUGAAAGCUGUCUACAUUAAUGAAAAGAGCAAUGUAGUCAGCUUAGCAUAUACAUCUAUGGUUCGUGGUCAAUACAGGGAUGUGCUUCGGCGUGAAUUCUGGUUUUAGAUAAGAAAGUUUAAAUAUUUUUAAAAAGAGGCUAUUAGUCUAUGGUUAUUAGUUAAUAGAUAAUGGAAAUAGAUGAAGUUCUACCCCCUCUCCCCUUGGAGCCACCUGAUGAUUUUAGCCAAGAUGAGGGCAGAGCACCUCCAGCACCUCCACCACCUCCCCUGCAAACGUCCAGUGACGCAGAGGUAAUGGACGUUAGCUCUGGUGGUGAUGGAUACACACACACCCCAGGGGAUGGGGAAGCCAAGCCACAGCACCCACUCUGCAGGGGCUUAAUAACUUUACGCAGCCACCCAUCAGAUGAGGCCAAUUCCCUUCCACCGUGCCCCAGAACAGCCCGCCAUGCUCCACCGGUCACCAAGUUCUUACCAGACCUCAAGCUGCUCAGAGAUGUUAAGAUCAGCGUAAGCUUUACUGAAACCAGCAGUAGUAAAGACAGAAAAGUUUCGUAUAUGGGUGAAGGGCUAGAGGGAGGAAGUGAUGAUGGUUUAGACAGCCUGAACGGUGAGUUGCAUGACUCAACAAGUGAGCAGGAAGUUGCUGAGGGUAGCUCAGGAGCAGGAAACGUAAGAAGUAGAAGAUCAGAGGAAGCCGAGGUGGAUCUGGAAAACAAGGUAGAAUUUGCCGUCCUGGACGAGUUGGAUGACUUCUAUGAAAACUUUGUGGAUCAUGAUGAUGGGGAGCAUGGCGGAUUUCAGUCUGAGGUCAUAGUUCAGCAGGACCAAGCAGACGACGAGGCCAUUGCUUACCCCUAUGAGGAGGAGUUUGACAAUGAUGUAGACGCUUUACUGGAGGAAGGCAUGCCAGUACCUAAAAAGAUGCGUCUUGCAGAAGACAAAUAUGGUGGAGACAGUGAUCAUCAGUCAGAUGGUGAAGGAGGUGUUCAGCCCAUGAUGACCAAAAUCAAGACUGUCCUGAAAAGUCGAGGGCGUCCACCCACUGAACCUCUACCUGAUGGAUGGAUCAUGACAUUCCAUAACUCGGGCAUUCCAGUCUACCUGCACAGAGAGACCAGAGUGGUUAGCUGGUCCAGACCCUAUUUCCUUGGGACUGGCAGUAUUAGGAAACAUGACCCCCCUACUAGUAGCAUUCCUUGCCUACACUACAAGAGAAUGAAGGAACAAGAGGAAAGGGAGCUCAAUGGGGAGGGGACAGCUAACACAGAGGGCUCUCCGGGCAAGCCUGGGGAGGAGACUAGUGGUGAAGAGAAAGCUGGCACUUCAGAUUCUGUGACUGAGGAGCAUGACGGUCUCCCUACCUCCAUUUUGAUUGAAGGUGGCCCAGAUGGAGAGGGCAACAUUGACAACAGUCUACAAGGUAAAGAGUCUCAGCCCUGUGACACUGCCCAAGGAGCCUUAGGACAAGUUAAGGCAAAAGUGGAGGUGUGCAAAGAUGAGUCCGUAGACCUAGAAGAAUUUCGCCUGUACCUGGAAAAAUGCUUUGACUUUGAGCAAGUCACUGUAAAGAAGUUUCGGACCUGGGCGGAGCGGAGACAGUUUAACAGAGACAUGAAGAGAAAACAAGCCGAAUCAGAGAGACCUAUCCUGCCAGCCAAUCAGAAGCUCAUCACACUGUCUGUCCAGGAUGCACCUAAUAAGAAAGAAUUUGUCAUCAACCCUAAUGGCAAGUCAGAAGUAUGCAUCUUGCAUGAAUAUAUGCAGCGUGUCCUAAAGGUUCGACCUGUUUACAACUUUUUUGAAUGUGAGAACCCAAGUGAACCCUUUGGAGCAUCUGUCAUUAUUGAUGGAGUAACCUACGGCACAGGAACCGCAAGCAGUAAAAAACUUGCCAAGAAUAAAGCUGCUCGAGCCACACUGGAAAUCCUCAUCCCUGACUUUGUGAAGCAGACCUCUGAGGAGAAGCCUGUGGAGGGUGAUGAACUUGAGUAUUUUAAUCAUAUCAGUAUAGAGGACUCAAGGGUGUAUGAGCUGACCAACAAAGCAGGACUACUUUCGCCAUAUCAGAUUCUUCAUGAGUGCCUUAAAAGAAACCACGGUAUGGGGGACACCAGCAUAAAAUUUGAGGUGAUCCCAGGGAAAAACCAGAAGAGUGAAUAUGUGAUGACAUGUGGGAAACAUACUGUGCGUGGAUGGUGCAAGAACAAGAGGGUUGGCAAACAACUAGCAUCCCAGAAGAUCUUGCAGAUGCUUCAUCCUCACGUUAAGAACUGGGGCUCACUGUUGCGCAUGUAUGGCAGAGAAAGCAAUAAGAUGGUAAAGAAGGAGAGCUCUGACAAAAGUGUGAUCGAGCUGCAGCAGUAUGCCAAAAAGAAUAAGCCAAACCUUCAUAUCUUAAACAAACUACAGGAAGAAAUGAAGAAACUGGCCACUCAGAGGGAGGAAACGAGAAAGAAACCCAAGAUGACCAUAAGGGAGUCUGCUCAGCCAGGAAGUGAACCUCUCUGCACUGUUGAUGUUUAGGUCUCUGGAAUCACUGAACCACAGCACUGAAACCCAGUCACUGUCAGACAUCACCCACCAUCCAUUACUCAAUUAUGCAUCACUGAGAUCUAAUAUUCACACUAUGUGUUAUUAGUAUUAUUAAUACACUGUCCAUGCCUUUCAAACUGCUUCCUACAUUUUUGUUUUAUUGGAUCCGCUGGUAGGUGUAAUGGUAGGACUUAAAUGCACUAACAGACUGUAGAGAAAAUAUCGUCUACCUCUUUAGAUGCUCCCUAGUUAUGGCACUAGAAAAACUCCCAGGGUGCAGAGAAGUUAUCAUGAGUUUUAUAAUGUAUAAACCACAACAAAAUCAAAUGCACGCUUCUAUAAAAAACAACUAAGUUUUGUCUCAAGUGUCAUUUUCAACUGUCACAAUAUAUUUAUUAGUUUUGUUUGCUUAAAGUAUUUGAAAGGGACUACUAAUGUGUAUUUAUAUGAAUCAUUUAAUUGGAAAAUAAAGUGACUUGUCUAUUGGAUAUUUUAAUGGUAGGUGUGACUGACAGUUUGGGCAAUGAAUACAAAAUAUGCUCAUUUGUUUAUCCUCUGAAUGGACAGCUGCUGUCUUGGUUUGCGUGAUUUAAAGUCAUGCGUGGAAGUGAUAACUAAGUAUUGGUAUGCACUUGUGUGUCCUGUCAGACACUUACUGACUGAUCGUGCCGUAAAAGUACUGCAUUUGGGUUAGUUGGGAUUAUUUGUACUCGUUGCCUUCACUCCCCUCUCUUGCUUUGACUAGAAAAGAAACUCUCCUUGUCCAGCGUUGUAGUAAACUGAAGCACAUGGCCAGAGUACUAUAAAACUAAAGGAUCAUUUAAUAUUUAGUUGUUGCUGGCUUUUUACAGGUAUUCAUGCUGUGCACAACUGCUUGUUACAUUUUAGUUGCUUUUAAUUUUUGGUGCCCUUAAACAAAACACGUUUUACAUGUUGCCUUAGUUAAUCCAUUUCAUGAAGGGCUCAGUAUAUACAGUACGUUGGACCUAAACCACCCUUCAUCAUGAAGUGGAAAGACCAAGUCCCCUUUACUUGAUAAAGCAUUUAUUGUUUAGCCAAUUAGUAUUUUAGAGGAUUGCCUAUAAAACCAGAUAUUUUAGGGAGUUGCAGCAUGUGUGGAUUUAAUGACUUGUCUUAAUGGGUUGUGUAUAAUGUAUACGUUUGAAAUUAUUGUGAGAGGUAAUAAUGGAGUUCUUGUUUUCAUAAAGGCAGCCUUGGGAAAUUCACACAAACAAAAUGCGACCGAGUCCUUUAGUCCAACACAAGCUGAUUAAAAUAUAUACCAAAGCUUACUUACAGUCUUAUGCAUUUUAUAGAAUACUUAAUGUUGCUGCAGACUGUACAGUAAAAGCAUCUGUAACAGGAAAACACGUUCGCUUGAAAUGAGUAGAAACUGCUUUGCAUUCUUAAAGUACUUGGUCUGUGCUUUUUCUACAAAUACAAGGACUCGUAAGUUUAAGCAAGGUUGUUGCAAUAUUGUAGUUUGCUUUAAGAAUGUGCUUCUCUCUGUGCGUAUGUCAUCUUGCUAAGUGUGUCUGUGAGACGAGGAAAAGAAACCGCUUUUACAUGUGUUGCUGUUGAGUUGUACCAAUGACUUGUUUGAGAUGUUGCUGCCUAGAAAGUGAUGUACUUCAACUUGAGCUCCUUGACUUUAGUGAUGUUAUGCAAAAUAAAAUGUCUUGACUAAUGACUCUAAA